UGUCGGCGACGCGCGCGCGCGUUCGCGGCGUGCCGCACUUCAUCAUCACGUGCGACGGCGACGGUGCGUCGCGAAAGAUUGAGAUCGGCGGCGCGCAACCGCCCGAGGCGUUUUUGGACGCGUUCGCCGAGCUUUUGGAUUUGGACGCCGACGACGUCGCAGCGACGAAGUCCUAAAACGACCGGCGACGAUAACGUGACCGCGGUGGUUCGUAAACGCGCGCGUCGACGCGCGCGCGAGAGCACCGCGCGAUUAAUUCCAUCGACACUCGCCGUCGCGGCUCCUGCGCCUCGCCGGCGCCCGCGUCCACACUUCCAGCCUCCUCGCGCGCGCGCGCGUCGUCAUGUCCGUCGCGAACGCGCUCGCAUCGACGCAGCGCAUCGUCCGUAACCUUCGGAACGUCCCCGUCGCGUCCUCGCGCGCGACGCGCGCGCGCGCGAUGCGCGCGACGCGCACAAAGUCGCUCGCUGAAGAAAUCGAGAUACAGGGCGUCCAUCACGUCGCGGUGAUUUGCGACGACCUCGAGCGCUCCAUGGCGUUCUACGGCGGAUUGCUCGGAUUGAAAAUUAACCCCGAGCGUCCGGAGGAUAAAUUGCCGUACCGCGGGGCGUGGUUGUGGAUCGGGCCGGAGAUGAUUCACUUGAUGGAGCUGCCGAACCCCGACUGCGCGCACGCCGAGUUUCGUCCGACGCACGGGGGGCGAGAUCGACACUUUUGCAUCGGAGUGAAACGCAUCCAGCCCUUGAUCGAUGCGUUAGAGCGAGAAAAUAUCGCGUACACGGCGAGUAAGUCGGGGAGGCCGGCGAUAUUCUUUCGGGAUCCAGAUUGCAACACGCUCGAGGUCGUCGAGGGGCUGGAGUGGCGUUGA